AAUACAUAGAUGUUAACUUUUUUCUCACCAAUUUAAUAAACAUUUUUCAUUUGUUUUCUUUAACUUUUAUCUGCCGACAUAAACUGAGUGUACCAUAAAACAAAACACUGAGACUUGUGGCAUGUAAAACCAAACUUGCUUGUCAUCUCUUCUCUUAUCUCUUCUUCUUCUAACUUUGUUUCUCACUCUCUUUCCCUAUGAACAUGGAUAUCUUCCACAAUGCAUCACUUUCUACCCUUGAUGAUCUAUUCCCUCCUCACAACAUGGAAGUGGAUUUUGGGAUGGAGUGGUUAUCAGUUUUUGUUGAAGAAUGUUUUUCAAGUAAACCAACUUGUGUCAUAGAACCUUCUUCUACUCUUCAAAUUCAAACAACAACUACCAACAAAAAUCCUUCAAACACAAUACAAAAACCUCAACAAAACCAAUCUUAUAUACAUAAUUUUCUUGUCCCCAGAAAACCGAGAAGCAAAAGAAAAAGACUUUCAUCUCCAAGAACCAAAAUUUGGUCACAUUCAUAUCCUCCUCUUUUGAAACAAACAUAUUGGUUAGCCGAAAACGAACUCGUUAACCCUAAAUUAAAAAUUGAGUCUAAAGUAUCUGCAGUUGCAUGCAGAGAUAAUUUGAAAAAAGACAGAAAGAAUAAAAGUGAUGAUGUUGGAAAUGCAAGAAGGUGUAGUCAUUGUUUGUCACAAAGGACACCACAAUGGAGGGCAGGACCAUUGGGACCAAAGACAUUAUGCAAUGCAUGUGGUGUGAGGUAUAAGUCUGGUAGGUUGUUGCCAGAGUAUAGGCCAGCAAAGAGUCCCACUUUUGUCACUUGCUUACAUUCUAAUUCACACAAAAAAGUUUUGGAGAUGAGAAUGCAAUUUAGGUAGUAGUUAAUUAGUCAUUAGUCAAGUUGUUUUUUAUUAGUAUGUGUUGUUUUUUCUUCAUGUAGAUUUGAGUUGGGAAUUAAGGAACAAAAUUUGAUGAGAUAGAUUAUUAGUGAAGUGGUUACUACAUGUUUUGCUAAA